GCUGAAAAAGUUUCUGGACCAGAAUCGGGAAGCGGCGGCGAUCAUAGUUGAGGAGGCCACGAGUGCGAAAGGCUCUGAUCGGCGGGCUGCCAAGAAGUCAUGGCAGUCAGCUUUGACGAGGUUGCGCGGGACGAAAGACUCCACCGGCUCAACAAAUCUUUGA